AUGGCAGACGAAGAAGUUCAAGCUCUCGUUGUGGACAAUGGUUCGGGUAUGUGCAAAGCCGGUUUCGCCGGAGAUGAUGCGCCCCGUGCCGUGUUUCCGUCCAUUGUCGGUCGACCACGCCACCAGCUCGGUCAGCAAGUCGAAAUGGCAGACGACGAAGUUCAGGCACUCGUUGUGGACAAUGGUUCGGGUAUGUGCAAAGCCGGUUUCGCCGGAGAUGAUGCGCCCCGUGCCGUGUUCCCGUCCAUUGUCGGUCGCCCACGUCACCAGGGAGUGAUGGUCGGUAUGGGUCAAAAAGACAGCUACGUCGGUGAUGAGGCACAAUCGAAACGUGGUAUCCUCACACUGAAAUACCCAAUCGAACACGGAAUCGUGACUAACUGGGACGACAUGGAAAAGAUCUGGCAUCACACGUUCUACAACGAGUUGCGUGUCGCGCCAGAGGAACACCCAGUCCUGCUGACCGAGGCACCACUGAACCCGAAAGCCAAUCGGGAAAAAAUGACCCAGAUCAUCUAUUUCGAUUUCGCAUUGCAUGUCCCUAGCAACCAAAAGCCAUCUCUCUGCUCAAUCAUUCAUAAGGAAUACCAACCCCACUGGAGUUUGGUAGAGCAUUCGGUGGUGUUGGUUCAAAUACCGGACAGUGCCAUUCUGGUCUCUCCGAUCGACAUCAUAACCUUGGGAACUGUAUCCGUUCCAUAUCAGAUAGGCACACUUGGAGGUUGA